AUAAUAAGUGCUUUAUUUUUCUGUUUUUCUUAGAAAUGGAGACAGCAAAAAAGCAGAUGGAUAUGGACAAGAAGGCUAUAGAUGAACUGGUGCGGGAGAGGGACAUCCUGAAUAAGAAUAUGAUCAAGGCGGCCAAUGAAACGGACAAACAGCAGACCAUUGUUAAGCUACACGAACAGUCAAAGAAGACUCUGGAACAGGAGAUUUUAAACUACAGGGACGAAGCCCAGAAACAGCGAAAGAUCAUCUACCAGCUGGAGAAAGAGAGGGAUCGCUACAUAAACGAGGCCAGUGAGCUCACUAAGAAGUGUAACGGGGUGAAGAAUUACACGACAAGGAUAUCUUAA